AUGCGGGGGAGGCAAGACUCCUCAAUGCGAUGCUGGACCAGCAGGCGGCGAAGAGUAGUUUUUGCACUGGCUACAAUGCAGUGCUUUCCGGGUCUGCUUCCUCUUCCUCUAGCCCAGCGAGAUCCUUCGGUGGAAGUUUCGGGGCACGGAGUGACUCUUCCUGCGGUUCCGGCGGGCUCGGGUUCUUCGAGGAUGCACUGGAUUCCUUCUAGGUGCAGAUGGGGAGAACAGAACACAUCGACUAUAUUUUACAAGUGCAGCAACCUUCAUCUUCCAGCGGCGGAAGAUACCAACUCGCGUUGCAAAAUCGUCACUACUUGCGUUUUCGGGUCUACCAGAACUUUCUCUACUUUCUCCUGUGAUUUCUAUCGGUAUUUGGCGUUCGUGGUGACUACAAAUCCAAGUUGAAGCUGUUACAACUUUCUGUACUGCCUGUUUCGAUUUUUACAACUAUUUCGUGCUCGCGGCGUUUGCCGGGUUUCAGUACCAUCUGCACAGCAGUACAUACCUACACUUUUGGAGAAGGGAUUUGCGGUUCAAGACUGCGGUGAGGGGAGAUUGCGGCCCAAGGCCGCGGUGACAUGCGGGAGUAAAACGGUUUUUGGUUUUUCGACGUGGCAGUUCACGACUGCGGUGUACGGAGCGACUGGCGCUACGGUGUUCUGCAGAACGGUUUCGGCGACGGGGAAAAAUAGUGCUUUCAGCAGCAGUACUUAUCGGGAAACGGCCACCCCCGAAAGUGCGCUCGGGAGCGGUGUUUGCGAUACAGCUUCGCGGUGGGUGCUACAAGCGGAAAUUUACAAGCGGGCGCCAUUUCUCUACUCUUCAGCAACAGCUACACGCGUCGAAUUCCGGAAGACCUCGCUUUCCGGAAAUUCGAGGGGGAGUCCGGAGGCUGUGGUGUAUUCGUGCCAUUUGUUCAAUCCUUCGCUGCGGUCGUUUGGUCACGGUACUGAAGCUGUUGAGGGUUUGGAAGAGAGUGGUGGAGUUUGCUGGUGUUUGCUGAGGUUUUUGCGAGUUUGAGAGUGCUUUUGAGCUACUCUGGGAGAUGUGAUGGCUGUUUGCCUUCACGGAGAUGGCUGCUUGCCAUCUGCUAGUGAGGAUUUCUCCUGCGGAAAUCGAUGCGGAACUUCAAUGAACCUGUUUAGAACUUUGGAAAUGAGAAAAGGAAAAA